CAAAGGGUGGAGUGAGUGAGACCACAUUGAAAUCAGUUCUGUCUGUAGGGGAAGGGAAUUUCUUUGCAGACAACAGCAGCAGCAGCAGGAGGAUCUAUCAGCUCAGCCACAUCCACCCCAGCUGGCAUAAAAUACAGAGGAGCACGUCAAUCUACCCAAAGAGGAACAGAUCUUCACAUCAUCUCGUAAAGUACAGAGAGCACUUAGUCCUGGUCUUGGCUGGAGAAGUUAUCACCAACCUGACAUACCAUAACAUCACUUUAUCGGCUUGACAAAAAGGAGACGGCAGCUAUGGAGGAGUACGGUGCUUUGUUGCAGGAGCUUUCUGAAAACAUUACCAACGAGGAUCUAGACCAAUUAAAAUCAGCCUGCAAGGAGGAUAUCCCCAGCGAGAAGAGUGAGGAAAUCACCUCCUGCCACGACUGGUUCAAUUUCCUGGAAAAACACGAUAAGUUGGCAAAAGAUAACCUCUCAUACAUAGAACACAUUUUUGAGAUCUCUCGACGUCCCGACCUUCUCACCAUGGUCAUCGACUACAGGACCAAAGUUCUGAAAAUUUCAGCAGAAGAGGAACUUGAUACGAAACUCACUCGGAUCCCUAGCGCUAAGAAAUACAAAGAUAUUAUAAGGCAGCCUUCAGAAGAAGAAAUCAUCAAAUUGGCCCCACCACCAAAGAAAGCCUGAAAAACGCAAAGGGAGAAAGAGAGAAGACUCAAUCCUGUUUGGUCUCCGUUGUUCUAUUUCUUGUUUACCUUACACCUCCCUGGUCUCGCCCUGAUUUAUCCCACCACAGGAGUAGAGAUUUGGGAGGGGGACGGGGAGCGAAAGGAAA